AUGGGCAAGAAAUCGAAGAAAAAUCGUUUCAAUCAGAGCGUAGAUGUCGACAUUGUGUAUUCAAGCAACACAAUAGCUGAAAUGGACCCAACAGACAACUUAGCAGAGCUCAAUUUAUCGUCUGAAAAGGCUGAAGAACUUCAGAAAAUCAGAGCAAAAUUGCCAACAUUCACAUCAACAUCUUCAGUUGAAAGCGAACUGGCGAAGCUACCUAUGGAAAAGCCUUUUAGAGCAUUUGUUUACAAUGUAUCGUAUUCGGCUACAGAACAAAACGUCGCUGAUUUUUUCUCCCCGCUCAAGGUUACAAACAUUAAUAUUGUCGGUGGGGAUGGUGGGUCUCGUGGUUUCUGUUUUGUUGACUUUGCAAGUCGAGAUGACUUAGCGAAAGCUCUUGAACGCUCUGAUUCAUCUCUGGCUGGUCGACAAGUCAAUGUCCGCAUUGCUGCUCCAAAUAAUUCUGAGCGAGGUGGGUUCGUACGUGAGAAGAAUUAUUGCUCUGGGAUGCGUCGUAGUGAAAUGGCUUUUGAGCGCCAGCGAGGUGGCUACAGACCUGUCGCUCUUCGAGAUGAUGGUGAAGAUGUCGAAUCGAUUUGGAAGAGAGGUUUCGUCAGUCGUACAAGCACCUUUGGAUCACCUGGGUUGACACCACUAAACCAAGGUCAACUGUCUUUGGAGCCUAACCUUAAAGCAGCUGUAACAGGAGAGCGACCGAAGCUUAAUUUACUACCUCGCUCUGCACCACGAGAUUUAAAUGAACUAUCUGGACGCAACUCAAAGAUUUUUGGUGAGGCUCGACCAGUAGAUACGGCUAGUAAAAACCGUGAAGUUGAGCAGCGACUAACUGCAACUGAUCAAACUAGUGUAUUUUCUACUAAUCCUUAA